AUUUGCUCAACUUCUCCUUUUGACCGUGUCCACUUUGCAUGAUUCUGAUGCACAAACGAUUGUGAUACCAACAGUGCCGUAAUGUCGUCUCCUCGUGCUCCCGAAGAAGAGGUUAUACAGCCUGACACUGGUUUGCAGAGUGUCACUGACGAUGAGGCUUACGAUAAUGAGAGUGAGCGGUCAUCUUUGACAUCUCUGACAUCUUCUAUUCUACAUGGAAAGGUCGAAGGAGGAAGAACCUACGCCGUGUAUGGCAAAGAGGAAUAUGGAUUACCAAUGGAUGAGGCUGAGCUUGAUCGCAUCGAUAUGUGCCAUGCUAAAUACUGCGCGUUGAUUGGAAAGAACCGUUAUUUGGCGCCUCUAGAGAAGCCCCAGAGAGUUCUAGAUCUUGGCUGCGGCACAGGGAUAUGGUCGAUUGAAAUGGCAGAAGAGUUUCCAUCUGCAGAAGUCAUUGGGACGGAUGUUGCACCGACGCAACCUGACUGGGUACCACCAAAUUGUCACUUUGAGGUCGACGAUAUUGAAAGAGAAUGGACAUGGAAAAUAGAUAGCUUUGACUUCGUUUUUGCCCGAGAUCUUCUACUAGCAAUUCGAGACUGGCCAGCCCUGAUUGACCAAACAUACACACAUCUUAGAGGAGGCGGAUGGGUCGAAUUCCAAGCCAUCGUCGGCGUUCUCGGUUGCGACGACGAUUCCAUCCCUGAAGACAGCUAUCUCCGCAAAUUCUCAACAAUGAUGGAGCAGGGCUCUGCGAAGUUUGGCGCCAGUCUGACAGACCCCAUGCGGUGGAAAGGCUGGCUUGAAGAACGCGGAUACCAAAAUGUCACAGAGCGAGUUUUCAAGCUUCCAUUCAACCCAUGGCCCAAAGAUCCGCGUAUGAAGCUCUUGGGGGCUUGGGAGAUGGAGAAUCUGCUAAGUGGACUUGAAGCUAUGGUAACGAGGAUGUUUCAGAAAGGUCUUGGAUGGACGGAUGCUGAAGUCACUGUCUUCCUUGCAUUCUUGAGAAAGGAAAUUAAGAAUCCAAGAAUGCAUGGGUACUGGCCUUACUAUGUUGUCUAUGCUCAAAAGCCACAGAGCGACUAAUGGCAACAAGAAUGAUGUUUCAUGUGAGAGUAGACUCGCCAUUAGAAUCUGAAGAUAGGAUACCAGCAAGCAGAUUCACCAAUACAAAUCAUUUGACAAGGAACUCAAUCGGGUUAUUGGUAUUCUGUUUAUUUGACUCUCGAUUACCCUGUAGAUUAGGUUUGUCAAGUCUUGCGAGUCAGGGUCACAUUUGACGCUUAGACCUUUCCCCUGUUCCUCGCGUGGCGAUCAGGGGUAAGUAGAAUUAGAAUGUUGUCUCAGAGCUAUCUUUCUGGAAUUUUUCGACGGAUUCUCUGUUAUUGUCCUUUUUCUGUCUGGUGGAAGAUUACUUGAGGCAAGGGGGAGAUUCCGUGAUCAUGCAGCCCCAUGCGUAAGUUUGGUUGAUGCUUCAUCCAGCUUUACGACAAUCCUCC